AUGGCGAAGCUGUCAUCGACACAAGCUGGGAGUCAGCAGACAUCAUCUGUGCCUGCGCAGGACGUCCCGUCCGCCAGCGCGCCCGCGAGGGUGACGCGCUCAUUGCGAAGCAACAGUCGUGAGCCCAGCGUGCCUCUGGCGGAACCCAGAGAUGCUGCGACGCCGAAGAGACGCGGGCGGAAGGCUCAGAAUCAGACACAAGACUUGACGACAGUUGAAGAACAUGUCGUCGACGAUGAAGAGUUGCAGGCUCAAGCGCUCGCUGCUCAGCAGAUGGCAGCGGAAGCGGCCGCAGGAGAUAUUGAGUUCGACGACAUGAGGCGCGCAUCACAGCAUUCCGUCUUCUCCGGCACGACUGCGAAGACGCGAUUCUCGCAGGAAGAGAUUGCGGACCUUGACGCCGACAUCAUGAUCGACCGCUUGCCCGAGCUAGCCAAAGCCGCCGAGCAGAUGGCCAACUUCCUCAUGCCUGCUAAUCCGCAGGAGCGUCAUGUGGUCUGGAAAGAGAUCCGCCACGAAGGCUCUAGGUUUAACAAGCUCUAUGUCAAACGCCUUAGCUCACUCCAUCACUACAGAACCGACUUUAGUAGCCAGGAUUACGUGCAGCCUAGCAUUGUGCUACGAGCCCUACUCGACAAAGAAUCUAUGGACGGGGUGCCUGCAGGCUCCUGGCGACCUGAUAGCAUCAUUUACAGGGUCAACCUUGCCCAAUUGCUGCUUACCAUGCUGGUUUUCGUGCGCGACAGCACUGAGUUUACCGAGGAAGGUUACAAUGCCUUUGCGGAGUUGGACACACAGUUCGCCACUGCCAUUGCAGGUCCCGUCUUCGAUCCCGAAGCUGUUCAUUUCUGCUUUGAGCUUCAAACUCAACUUGUGCUGGCCCGCCUCCACGUCUUCCAGCAUGAUCCAUCCUUUGACCCCUUGCAUGUUAUCAAUGGCACGUUCUACGCGCAGGACGCUCCGGAGGGCGCGGGUCAUGUCAAUGCCGACGGUCUCCACAUGUUCGACAUCUCAGAAGACGAACAGACUGCCUGGACCGAGAAUUUGAAGCGGCGUGCCGACGACUUGCGAGCGCCGUUUGCAGGACGCUUGCCCAUCGAGACUGCGCUGAACCAGCUACGUGGAAAGUACCCUUGGGAGCAUUUUGUAAAUCAUGUUCAGCGCUACUACGAACACCGCAACGCGGACCUUGAACGCCAGAUCGCAGCUGCUGGAGGCUACGAACCCAUCAUGACAGCGUUGGAGAAGGAGGUACAGCGUCACCAAGGCGCUCGUACGGCUGACAACUUCAGGCAGAGCAUUGGCAAGCCUCACAGCACACCUUUGCCUGCAUUCGGCAAGAGCGCGAUUGCUCAAUUGCGUGACCGUGAGCAGCGACUAUCUGGAAUGGGCAUAGCGCCCCCGGCGGCCAGCGAGCCUGCGGUGCGAGCGCCUACCCAAACCGAUACUGUACUUACUGCCGGCAUGCAAUCUGGGGCGCAAGCGGCUCCAGUUGCCCAGAUGGACCCAAGGCUCGUUGAUCCUGGCUACCCUGACGUGGGGGCCAAUGAUGGCUUUGUGCCACCACCAAACGACGAUGUAGUCGUUGGCCAGCCCAGUGCUCAAGAGCGUGCAGUUUCGGCGCUUGAGCUCAGCGGUUUCCAGAAGCAGCAGAAGCAGCGACAGAAAGCUCAGAAAGGCAAGGCUAGAUUCACUGAUCGCCAGGAGAACGCACAGCGCGUCGUAUUUGAUGAAGCAAGUCAGCCAUCCCAGCAAGUGGUCGGAGGGGAGGACUCUGAGUUCCAGACGCCUGGUCGGGCAUCCGCAGCAGGACCGUACCAUGUGGGCUCUGCAGCCAAACGACCUUUCGAGAGGGUUGAUGAUGAUGAGCUGCCCGACUUUGAACCUACUCAAGAUGAAGGCUUUGAAGUUGAUCAGCGCGGCACGGCUGGAGCAGAUGCCAGACGCCGACAAGCUCCCGCUGCAACACCGCGAGCGUCGUUGCGGGGUGCUAGCAGCUCGAACACCGUGGCGUACGAUAUUCCGGCCUCGCAAGCUCCAAGCCCGACAAAGAGACAUCGCAAGAACCCUGGCUCUGCCAUCCCAACUCGCACGCCAUAUGCGCCGGACGACGAUCCGAUUCCGCACGGCUCCUAUCAGCACGCCAGAGCGGUGGCCAAGCAGCAGCGCAUUCUCGCUUCGCAGAAUAAACCGCCUCAGGUUCGUAAGCCUUGGUCUAAUGCGGAGGAGCUUGCGCUCGUCAGUCUCAUCGAGAAUUACGGCGGGAAUGGUGUGAGCUACGCGGCACUCAAGAAACUCGACCAGACGAACGAUAACGUUCUCAGCGCGCGGUCGGCAGAGGAUCUCAGGUUCAAAGCGCGGAAUAUGAAGCAGACAUUCAUACUUGGUGGAGCAGACUUGCCCGAGAAUUGGGAUCAAGUGGUGCUGGAUCGAAAGGCUAUCUUGAAGCUGGAGGAGCGCGGCUUCUCCUAUACUCAAGAGCCGACCCGGACAAGACAUGACAUGGGCGAGGAGAUUUAG